UUUUUUACUAUGGUUUUGCUUUUGUAAGCAAAACUGGAAAUAUGAUUACAUCAGGCUGAUUCCAACUAUUAUCCAGAUCUAGUGGUGGUGAUGGUUAACGAUGAUGAACUGAAUGCAGAUCAACUGAUCAGAAAAAGAAUAAGAGAUGAAGAAGAUAGCUUGCCAACAUUAUAUGGUAGUAAGUAAUAAUGACAGUGAGCCGGCGAAUGAGUGUCAUUACUUCUUAAAAGAGGAGAAGAUGAAGAAGAUGAGUUCAUACACUAUACUAUAUUGGGUAUAAAAAAACUAUAGUAUAAUAUAUUUUGUUUAGUAAUGUAACUUUCUAUGUAAAGUUACUAUACUAUUUAAUAUACAGUAUUAUAUUUUUCACGUAUUUCUAUAUUAUUUCCUUUAAAUUAAACAAUCGGUUUUGUUUCUCUUCUAUGUCAUUUUGUAUUUUUUCUUGGGAUAUAAAAUUUGUUUUGUUCCAAUGUUAGAAGAUGUUAUGUUUGAAUGUUAGGAUCAUGUGUAGUUUGAAGAUGUUAUUUUCAUCAACAAAUGCUCUUAUUUCUUUUCAUAUUAUUUUACAUAUGAUGCUCAACUAAUGUAAAUAGAACAUACAUUUAUAUACUAUUUUAUAUAAGUUUCAUACUAUGUAUUAUUUAUUGAACAAGUAAAUGUGAUUUCAAAUGUAAUUUAUAGAUUGUAUUUGAGUUUAUAGAAUCAUACUUAGAGUUUAAAUUUACUAAGUAGGAGUUUGGGUAUAGGAAGGUUUGGUGGUUCAUUAUUUACGUAUGUUAUGUUAUAUCUAUAUUAUAUUUGUAUUAUCUAUAGGAUUAUCAGUUACAAAAAAAAAAGAUUAUCUAUAGGAUUAUGUUCCAUUUGAAGUUACUUACUAUACUGUAUAUUUAUUUUCCAUUCUGUUUGACAAGUGUGUUAUCUUUUUCUGCAUAUGGUAAAUAAAUUGGUGACGUUGUCUUCGGUCUCUCAUGAUGCUAAACCACCACGUCAUCUCUACCAGUAACCGGCAACAUGUACGUUGAAAGGACAAAACCAGACCUUUCUUUAUCUAAAUGUUAGCGAAUUAAUUAUGUCAAAAUCACUGAUAUAUUCUUCAUUUUCAUUAGUGUUUUAUAUAUUGAGCAAAUUCUUCCAUGUCAAGGACUAGAGAAAGAAUUCUUUUUUCAGAGAAGGUAGUGAUGUUUUACUUUAUUUAGAUUUGAGACAAAAACAUGUAAAAUAAAGAAGAUGAACACAUAGGAUCUCAAAAGAUGUAUUUUUGGGUCUAACAUCUGAGAAUGACAAUCCAGAAAGGAUGAGAGAGAGAUAAUCAUGACAUUUUGAGAAAUGAUGAAUUUAAACCCAAAAGUGAGGUGCAAACAAGUGUAUUGAAGAAACAUCACAAUAUGGAGCAUGAGCACUAUAAGAUUUUAAAGGCCCAAUGGGUUUUUGAUGCUUGUUAUGUUGUGUUUCCUUGUCAUUUAGUGUGUUAGCUAGCUCUACUGAAAAUGGGAAGCUGAAAAACUUAGAGACAGUAGUCAAGAAAUUUACUGAGCUUACUGAUGUUUUGGUUAACAAAGUCAUGUAAGCCAUUGUGUACCAGCAAAUACCUUUUUUUAAGGACCAAAACUCGUUUUGUGUAUGUGAUGCAUGAUGCUAUGCAUUAAGAUGGAGUAUGAUCUAUCAUCUAUGCUCCAAUCAACAUUUGAUAUUACCCAUCAUUUAUCAGUUGAGUAAGCAAUGAAAACGUUAAUGGGAUGCACAUAUUUUGAAAGAUUUUUUGUACUUCUUUUGAAGAUGUGGUCUAUUUAAGCAACUCGUGAUAAAUAGACUAUUUUUUAUUUAUUUAAAGAUAAUGGUUUUUAUGUCACGUGAAAGUUAUGUGAAUUAAUUAUCCUGACCUCAUUCAUCUUGCACAUAUUCUUACGUUUGGAUUUGAUAUCAAUCUGUUUAUAUGUGCUAGACUUUUGCUGUUAUUAUAUGCUUUUGUCCCAUCCACCCUGUAAUAUUCUAUUAUGUUCCAUAUUUUUGUCGAAGGAUCUUUUGAUCGCUUCUAAAUAUUCUUGUUUAUUAGAUUCGGUUGAUUUUGUAGUAAAAUGGAAGUUGCUUCAAAAUAAGUCUGCAGCCUAGAGAAGAAAAAAACAAUAUUACUUCUUUCUCUUUUUUGUCGGUACAUAAAUAUUGAAAAAUGGUUUUUAGUUCUAAUAAAUCACAUAGUCGUAGUCGUAAACUCACAACUCAUGAAUGUAUGUAUGUAUGUAUGUAUGCUUGAUACUUCAAACACACGUGUAGUGGUGUGGGGUAAGAGAGAGAGAGAGAGAGAGAGAGAGAGAGAGAGAGAGAGAGAGAGAGAGAGAGAGAGAGGUUGGUCUUGUUCUUGUCUUUGACUCUAAACCAGUCUUUUUCGAUGCAUUUUUCUUCACUCACAAGUCUAUCAUCAUGUUUUCAACAAAUGGCAAAUAUUUUUAUUAAUUUUAUAACAAAAAAACAUGACCCACCUCUUGCUUCUUCUUCACAUUCUUCUCUCUAUUAGAGAGACUCUCUCUACUCUACCCAUGAUCAAUCCCAACAAACACUUUACGUUCUUCCCUUUUCAAUAUCCAUUAGGACCAUUACACAUAUUCAUAUCAUUCCAAAGCAAUCCCCACAAAUCAUAUCCUCCUAUCCAUCUUCUUCCAAUCUCUCUCUCUGUGUAGUCUUCUUCAAAAAGGAUCCAAAAAUCCAAAUGAUGAUGAGGAAUCAGGACAUUACUACGAUCAGAGACAAGAAGAAGCCAACUCAUGCGUGUGGUGGUAGUAACAACAAACCAAAGCUAAGAAAGGGACUUUGGUCUCCUGAUGAAGAUGAAAGGCUUAUAAGGUAUAUGUUGACCAAUGGACAAGGAUGUUGGAGUGACAUUGCUAGGAAUGCUGGUCUAUUACGUUGUGGCAAAAGUUGUCGCCUCCGUUGGAUCAAUUACUUGAGGCCUGAUCUUAAACGCGGUUCCUUCUCCCCUCAAGAAGAAGAUCUUAUCAUCCAUUUUCAUUCCAUUCUUGGUAACAGGUGGUCUCAAAUAGCUACUCGGCUUCCAGGAAGGACAGACAACGAGAUCAAAAACUUUUGGAACUCCACAUUGAAGAAGAGGUUUAAGAACAACAACAACAAUACUUCUUCUGGAUCAUCACCUAACAAUAGUAAUAGUAACUCUUUGGAUCUAAGAGAUCAGCAUGUGGAAAUGGGAGGCAAGUCAAACUCAAUGAUGGGUAGCUAUCAUCAUCAUCAUGAUGACAUGAUGAUAAUGGGGAACACCAUGGGUAUGGACUCUUCUUCAUUCCAUUUUGCACCCGUGGUUAGUGGUCUGGGAUUGAACCAACUUGACCCCUUGAUAUCAGUACCGGAUCAUAGCCAAUAUCAACAAAUGGGAAACACAGGGAAUGUGUUCAACGCCAACGGGUUAGGAGAUUAUGGAAACGCAAUUCUUGAUCCGAUUAGCAAGAGAGCAUCAGUAGAAAGUGAAUGGUUUCUUCCAGCGUCCGAGAAUAUAAAUGCUAUUCCUUGUACCACAAGCAACAACCUAAACGUAGAAGUCCUUGAUCCCUGUUUCAAUAGCAAAACAAUGUGUCAUUCAGAAAGCUUCAAAGUAGGGAACAUGUUUGGCAUGGAGAAUGCUUCUUGGGAAACAGAAAACCCUAAAAUUGGAGAUUGGGAUUUGGAUGGUCUCAUUGAUAACAACUCUUCUUUCCCCUUCCUUGAUUUCCAAGUUGAUUAACAAAUAUUUCCUCUUCCAUAAUUCUCUUUACUCAUUUGUAUUCAUUCUUCUAUACUUAUUUUUUUUCUUCCUAUUCAUCUUCACAAUUACCAGAGCAGAUACUACGUACCCCUCACUAGGGAGCUAGUUUUAAACAAUUGAGCUGCUUGCGAUGGGUUUAUGCACGGUUCCUGAGUACAUGAAAUGUGAAUAGGAAGGUACAUUGAGAUUUAUUUGCGGAGGUUGUACUUAAAUAAUGGUCCACACAAAGUGUUGAUUAGUUGGUAUAUUUGUAUAGCUUUCUCUUAUCUUUUCAAUUCUAUUUUUUUUUUGGGUACAAAUCCGAGUUUGAUGUGUAAAACACGGUUUCGUAAUAAGAAAGAAUUAUUCAUUUCGUU